CAAAUGCAUCUCUGUGCUAAUGUGAUAUGGCAACUCGAAUUGAUGUACGCACGUACGAAGUUCUACGUUGUUACUGACUGACCAGUAAUUCAGCUACAUUGUCAAAACGUAUAGUUUUCAAGACUUAGCUGCAAUUUUACCGAUGUCAUGGAAUAAAUUAGUCGAGAACGUUGCUUCUUGCAUAAUUGCCCACCCUAGUCAAAGUUGAAGCAGAUUUUUAAGUUCACUUGACCGCUUGGUUGGUGACUGUAUCGCUCGUUUUUUGUACUACACGUUAACUCGCUACUAAGUUUAUUAGACAUGAGGUACUCAAUUUCAUCUUUUUAAUUUCAAUAUCUUGUUCACUGUUUUCGGCUCCUAAAACUUCACAUCUUACCUGAAAAUCAGCUUUCAUUAACUUAAGUCAUAAUCUUGGCAAAGCAUAUCCCUCUCUAAAAUAGACAAAUCCAACCUAUUUGACUCGAGUCCGUUUUAGCAAGUCCUAAAGGUUGGGGUCAUGAAAAUCCACAUUUCUGACAAUACAUCAGUGAGUCAGAUAGCUGUUGCGCGCUUAUUCCGCUUAAAGGGCCUAAGCACAUUUUACUGCGUUAUCCAGGUCUAGAAAUGUGUUCACAUCUAAUGUUAAUAAAUUUAAUCGUUUUUGAUGGCCAGUGAUGCGAGUCUGGAGAAGAGGGAAAUUGAUUACGAAUACACUGGUCGUGAGUGCUGUUAGAUGUAUGAGGACGAUCAUCACUUCCUGGCCGCCCACACCGUGGAAGUGUUCUUCCAGAGGUACCUGAAGAGGAAAUCGGGUUAGGGGUGGUCUUAGUGACCUGAGAAUCUGACCGCAGUGCUCAAGGGAUAACUGCUUGAAGCCGGUCACACACGACCUUUUUGUGAGUAAUUUUCGUGUUAGCUCUGCACUUGUUAAGACCUUACCGCCAGAGACGGAAAUCCAUGGGAUAAUGUGAGGUGUAGAUUUUUAGGGUCGACCUUUUCUAAUUGUUCAAGGUAACGUGAGCUCAUAUUAUUCAUCGGAGUGACUGCCUACUAGUUGGCAACACUAAACUGUGUUGUACAUUCAGAUCCCAACUAACACUGAUUAGAAUGAACAAAGUAAUAUUACUGAUCAAUCGCAACUUAACCAGUUACACAAUCCUAGAUUCGGUUGUUUAUUUGUGUUGGGUUAUUUCUGAAUUUGCAGUAAAAAGUUUUGGUCCCAAAAUACUACAUUUAGUUAUAAUCAAGCUGCCUGAUACGGAAUGUGGAAUACAACACUUGGUUAUCCCUUUAUUGUUUCAUACCCGAUUCCCUUUAUUAUAUUAGAGAGCAAAAACAAAAGUUGGUUCAAAAUAAUGAGUUCAUUUUAUUUCGUCAGGUUCUUAUCAGCUGCUUGCAAUCUAUAAUAUUUUAAAAUCAAAAUUACAAAUAUUGGCAUACUUAUAAAAACGAGGGUGAUUAGAGAUAAAUAUGUAUAUCAUGAUGUAGUGGAAAUUCCAACCGAGUUAGUAAGGUCAUAAAGAUUUUUGCUUCAAACAAAUAAAUAAAGCUUAAGGGAAGGAAAGUUCCAGAACACCGAACUAAUGAUCAGCACUUAUAGAGUUAACAAACAUUAGAUGGUUGUGUAAUAAAGUAACUGAAAACAUUAAUGGUAAUCAAGGAAGAUAUGAGUUGAAUUGUCAGCCAUGAAUUAAAGAAGAAUGGCAAAGACGUAUUCAAAACUUCAAGAAUUGAAAUAACGAACAAUGCAAUAAAAAGGAUGUUUCAGUUUUCCUGUAUUUACUUGAAACCCGAGGAACGUCUAAAAGAUGACCUAUUUCAUCCAACACAACCCUUCUUGCUUGCGAGUGGAUGCCUUGGUGGCAAUGUACGGCUUUGGAAUUUAGAGCAUUUGGCAGUACUUGGUGAUGAAAAAAUCGAGGGCAUUGUAGAACUAUCAUCUGUAUGCGUUUGGAAGCACACGGGUGCAAUCGCAUCCCUUACUUUCCAUCCAGUUCAUCCCAUACUAGUAGCAGCAUGGACUCAAGAAGUGGUCUUUUAUGAUUGGGUAUCUGGCCGGAUACUUUCGGCAUGGCGAUUUGUAUCAAAUCAUUCACGCGUAAGAUGGGUGAAAUUCGCCCCUGAUGGAACAGUCUUAUACACAGCAACCGCCAAUCCAUCCAACAAUGAAUCAGUUUAUGUACAUAAGCAAUCUGAUCAACCAGUGGUUAGGAGCCCAACAAAAGUAGUAGCUACCAAAUACCCCAAAGAACCAUCUUAUAUCCAAGUGGAUCAUGAUAGCGUCAAUGUAACUUCCGAAGCCUCAUGUGAUCUCACAGUACCUCGUGAUACUCUUUUAGAAUAUCUUGUCAAUUGUUCUGAUUCCUGGUUUCAAAGUCUCGGUAUAUGUUCCGUUUGUUCGGUUCGUUUAUGUCGGUGGGCUGGAACUCUCGGACCUAAAUUCCCUGCAACGACGACAGAUAUUCGCCUUGGGAUGUCUGUGGCACAACAAGCCGCAGCUAUUAUGGCCACCAGUACUUCGUCCAACAUGAUACCAUCACAUGUCCAACAUCUACUGAACCUGACAAAUCCCAAUAAUCGUUCUGAAGUGUAUGAGCGUCUCUGUCGCGAUGCUAAUCCAGCUGCCGUAGCCAUAAUUGAAGAUAUGCCAGUUCAUGAAUUCCUUCGCUCAAGAGGCAACUACUGUCAAUCCCCAUGGGUUGCAAUCUCGAAUAACGGUGUAUGUUGUGGUGGUCAUGCUUGUGAUUUGGUGAUUACUCAUCGCGAGUUAAUGCGUCAUUCUUUAUGUCGACCUUGCCUCUCCUCGUUUUGGUCUUGGGCUAACAAACAUAUUGCUUGGUGGCGUUGGUCGUUUUCUACAAAUGAUGAACAAUCUCUAAAUUCUACGUCAAAUGCUAGCAGUACAGCAAAUUGUGUACCAACUCCUAUAUCCUUUGGAAAAACGAAUAAUGCGGAAAAGUCUUCUGAUAUUGAGCCUCCUGUUGGCAUUUGCAUCCAGUGUCAAGCUAAAAUGUCCUUACAGUUACAAUCAUCACCCAGUGUGUCACUGACAUGUAACCAAUCUCCCGUUUUGUCUCAUGGAGCUGGUUCUGAACUUAAGGAAUCCAACGUCCUGUCAGUUAAUGGAAAAACCUCUAAAUCUCUCCGCUUAAUGCCGCUUGCAGCUUUGGAUCUUUUGCGUUCAAGGUUAAGUAAUGCUCAUGAAGUUACUCCAGUAACUUAUGUAGCCACCGACUUAAUCAACGAUUUUGUUUUCAGUCAACACAUCAAAAAACUGUUAAUCAGUGGCAGUGAUUCCGAUCUCAAUUUAUCUCAUACCCUGUGGGACUCAAAUAUUACUAUACCUUACAAUCAGGUGGGACAGAUAGUCGUGUGUGCCUCUUCUUCAUCUAAGCGUCGAAAAAUGGAUAAUCAAUUUCAGAACAAAAUACUUUUUAGUCAAUGUGGUAGUCAAUUAUCUUUUGACAAUAGCUCAAUUUUAAAGUCCGUGCUCAUGGAUUCUGAUCCAAAAGAUGAAUUAUUUGGAUCUAAACUUCCGAACACUCUUCUAACGUGUAAAUAUCGUUUGCCGCAGGAGGCCUCUGAUUUGGGCGCAUACACGCGCGACAACCCUGAUAACAAUUGGAAUUAUCCACGUCCUGCUACCGUUCACUACACUUCUAGUGUCAUACCUUGGAUGUCAUCGUCGAUUUUCCCGUACGUCCAGACUGGAGCUUCUCUGUUAAGAUCUCCCCGCCAACUUACCGAUUCUCUUUCGGAAUCCACUAUUGUGGAUCAAAUUUCAGGGUUGUCAACUUCUAACAAAGUCUCUAUGAACGAAACACAGCAUGUCGACAGUUGUGAAACUGAUCCAUGUGAAGGACCCAACCGAAGUUCAAUGACUGCAUGUUGCCGUUGUGGCCGUAUUGUUCUUCAGACAUUUCCCGUUGAUCCACACUCUAAUAUCAGUGCAGUUGUUUGUGAAAAGUUAAUUUAUUCUGAAAAUCGGUACUUAACUCCUAGUUCCCAGAAAGCUCAUGGUAACAUUCAUUCACAAUGUUCAUCUAACCAAGAUCCCCAUACUCCCACAAAUCAUCCUUCUUAUCAGUUUGACUUAUCGUCAUUGAACUCUUGUCCGUCUGGUUCUACUUCUCUGUCUAACCGAUCCAGAAACGUGGAGGCUAGAAAGUCGGAAACUGCUGAAAGAUCGGUAAAUGCCGUGCUUCAUCUGAUUGACCAAACAGGAAAUAAUUCUGUUUUAAAUGCAGUGAAUCGCAGUAUAACUGAAGUUAUAACAGGUCUCUUUGUUGAUAUGGGUGAAUAUGGAUCCGCCUCUAGUCUUCAAGAUGUUACACAUCGUAUUUGCCGGUGGGAACUAAGUUUAUGCAGUCCUAUCUAUAAUACUCCUUAUUUGUCUUCAUCUGGUGAACGUGAUUCAGCAAGAAGUGUGUGCUUGCCCAUGCCAACCAACGUUGCUGUAUCAUAUAACAAUAAUAGUCUUGUUGUUCCUCACGCUCGUUUGUUUAAUGAUUCAUCUGUCUGUCUCUCACCAGAUGGACGCCUUCUUGCUGCAUUUGUUAUUCCUCGAGAAACAUCGUGCUAUACAUUACAGUCAUCUCAGUCUUCCGCUUUACUCGGUACACUUCUCGCUGUGUAUCGUCUGCAACCAGAGCAUAACCGUGGUCAGUGUCUGUUCGCUCGCCGCUUCACCGCAUCUAGUCCUGUAUGUGUUGACUUCAGUCCUUUAGGAGAUUUUUUGGCAGUCGGGUUAGCAACUACACGCAUACCUUCAGAACCAUUCUCUACCACGAGUGAGUCGUCUACACAAGAAAGUCUUUUAAGAUAUGGUAGUUCUUCAUCGCUCCAGGACCAUUCAGACCUCCGUCAGCCAAACGUGAAAUGUUCGUGCCAAAGACAAUCCUCUGUCGCGUGCGUUUUCCACCUUCAACGUUCCAAAACACAGAAGGGUCAAAUUCGUCGGAGCCUGCGUGAUAUUCAAAAUAUCAAACAUCCUGCACUUUUGGAUCCUGUCUCAUCAAGAUAUCUUGAAUUAUCUAGUCCAUCUUCAGAAAAAUUAGAUCGCUGGCACCGGUUAUUACUUUCAGCUCAAAGUGGAAUCUCUUUGAAUACCAUUGUUUGGAAUGCCAAUGGCAGCAUUCUUUACGGUACUACCAAAGGUCUCAUCGUAAUUUCUCAUGGAAAUCAGUCUUCUUCCGUAUCAAUUCUACCACUCCGUUGUACCAAGUCACAUAUGCAGUCUGUGAACGACUGCGAAGUUUCUUAUAGAAGAAAACACUUUAUAAAUCAAGCACAAACUAUUACUAGUUCCUCUAACUUUUCCGUUCCUCAGUCUCGUGCUGUAAUUUAAAUACUGACUUUUUAAAUCUAUGUAUAUUUAGGUUUACUGUGCAUUUAGUUUAUCUUAAUUUUUGCUCAUUUUACUGGUAAACCCAUCUGUAAUCAUAUUUCUACUGGAUUUAAACAAAAAUAGACGCUUUAUGGCGAUUCCAAUCCCACAUUCAGAGUACCUAUCUUAAUUUUCUAUCUGGAAACCGGUAGUGAUUAAAAUAAAAGUUUAUUUUUUAUAACUCCGUUCCAUUUUUUUAAAAUAUUUAAGUUUAUUAUACUACAGUUCAUAUAGUGUUGUUUUCUCACUAUGUAAAACAGAUUUCCACUAAAUCGAUCAUGUUUGUUUAUAAACCUGCUCACUGACUAUUCAGGAAUUGUUUGUUCACUAUAUUGUACGAUUUUAACUAUUUUCCCACUUGCGUUUUACCAAAAGCAAAGAUAUUUUGUUUCAUACUAAUCGUUUCAUUUUUGUUACGCAGAAAGUUAAUAUUUAUGUUAGAACUUGUUAUUAUGUGAAAGGUUUACUUCCUUGUGUUUGUUUUCUUCUUUUGUAUAAUCUACCUCAGCUAUGUCCCAGUGAUCUUUAAUGUUACUAACUCGGUUUUACUUUUAUUUUGAAAUUCUAACUCAUUUCUUAUUAAAAAUAUAUAUUUCCGGUUUGAGUUUUAUCUGGUCUCUUUUUUAUUCAUAAACUUAUUUUCUUUAACUGAGAUUACAAAGUAUCUAUGAUGAAUGUGCAACACAGUGAAUUCUUUUAAGUUUACGUAAACUACAAGUAACUUCAGUUAUGUAGAUACUUCUAGUUGUUUCCAAUUGUUUUCCAUCGAAGUCAGUUCUGAACCUUGUAAGUUAAUCGUACCUAUUGUUAUAUUUUCUCUCAUACAACAGUGAAAAAACGGGAUAAGUCACCACUCAUUUAUUUUAUCACAUAUUCUUGCUAGUAGCUUUACGAUUUUACAGGACAUAUAUAUCUUUUUAGCUUACUCAUUUCGUUAUUCUUCUAUUCGACAUUUUUUUAUUAUCAUUUGAUGGUGGUUAGUGCUUUCCAUAAAAUAUCUACAGUAUCC